AAGAAUCAACAAUCUGCAGUUUAAAAACGGGGCUUUACUUUUGGUUUUCUUCAAUCCCAUCCCAUCAACUAACUAAUUUCAAAAGGCUGGAUCCAACGACGUUGGCAUAUGGAAAGAAAAGUAAUUGAUUUUUUACUACUUCUGGUUCUUCUCAUGGCGAUAUAAUUGAUUUUAUGAGCUGCGGAUCAUCCAUCACUCAGUCAAUCAAUCAAGCCGGCCAGCCAGCCAGCCAGCCGGCCAUACUGUCUAACAGUAAAAGACCUUCCAACCUUUUUGCUUCGCCCUUUUCACUUCUUGACUUCCGACUUCCCGCCUUUUAUACAAUCAUCAAUUACUCUUGGCAUUUAUUUCAUCAAGGGUAGAUUCCGGUACCUCUUCUACCCUUUCAAGUUUCUACCUUUCUUACCUUGCCUACUUACAACUCCGACUUUUCCUGUACUUACUUCCUUUGAUCUCUACCCAUUCCAAACCCGAAAAGCCAAGGCUAAUAAAAGGCUACAGCUACAGCUACGGCCACAGCUUACGGCUAUUCAUGUGAGUGCAUCCCCGAAAAGAAAAGUCCCUAAACCACCUUAAGCCUAAGCCCCAAACUUUACCAACACUACUUACCUACUUACCUACUUUACUUACUUACCCAUCCACCGCUUCGCCGCCUACUCCCCCAAAACCUCUUUCACGAUCCCGAACCCUUCUUUCCUAAUUCCAUCCAUUCACAUCCCUCCCAACCCAUCCUAAAAAUAAUCAAAAUACUUAUUUGGGGACAAUAUCAUUGGGGAUUGCAUUGAAUGUCCCCUUGGUGGCAGCAAUACUUUCAACUGGCUAAUACAUAAUCCCGCCACAGUCGUCGCGUUUAUUUCUUCUCCUCCAUCUUCUCGACUCAUUGUUGAUCGGGAAAAGGCAACUAUCGAUUUAGCCUCGUCAAUUUAACUUUCCUUCCGACAUCAAUUUCAAUCGGCUUUUCGUAUCCUUCAACUACUUGAGCUCAAUCGGGAGCUUCUAAUACAGUCACGAUGGCUUCUUCAUCAUCGUCCAAUGUCGUCGGCGUUCAUUAUCGCGUAGGGAAGAAAAUCGGAGAGGGUUCUUUCGGUGUGAUCUUUGAGGGAACCAAUUUACUCAAUAAUCAACAAGUUGCUAUCAAAUUCGUACGUUUAUCUAAAUCAAUUUCACCAUGGGAUUCAUUCUGUUAUCCAUCGAGGAGCAUUGAUCAACAUAAAAGGGGGAAGUUCGACUGACAAUAUCAUCAUGAAAUAGGAGCCUCGAAAGAGUGACGCUCCACAAUUGCGAGAUGAAUAUCGCACUUACAAGAUUCUCGUCGGCUGCCGUUAGUAUAUCGAUUGUGAUGUUUUGAGGUCUGGACUAAUUGAACAUAGCUGGUAUUCCUAAUGUCUAUUACUUCGGUCAAGAAGGCCUUCACAACAUCCUGGUUAUCGACCUCCUUGGUCCAUCGUUGGAAGAUUUAUUCGAUCACUGCAAUAGAAGAUUCUCGACUAAGACUGUGGUGAUGGUAGCAAAGCAAAUGGUUCGUUCCUUUCUAGAAUAAAAUGGCUGAGUAACUUGGCAUAUGCUGAUUCUAAAAAUAGCUCUCGAGGGUACAAACGAUUCACGAGAAGAACUUGAUCUAUCGAGAUAUCAAGCCUGACAACUUCUUAAUUGGUCGACCGAAUACAAAAGCCGCAAAUGUCAUUCAUGUUGUCGAUUUUGGAAUGGCAAAACAAUACCGGGAUCCUAAGACAAAACAACACAUUCCAUACCGCGAGCGAAAGUCAUUGUCUGGUACUGCACGAUACAUGAGUAUCAACACGCAUUUAGGGAGGGAACAAUCAAGAAGAGAUGAUCUUGAAGCUUUAGGUCAUGUUUUCAUGUAUUUCUUACGAGGUGGUUUACCAUGGCAAGGGUUGAAGGCUGCUACCAACAAGCAAAAGUACGAGAAGAUUGGUGAGAAGAAACAGACCACCGCCAUCAAGGAUCUUUGUGAUGGUUUCCCGGAGGAAUUCAACCAAUACUUGAGCUACGUAAGGAAUUUAGGUUUCGAGGAUACACCAGAUUACGAUUACUUGCGGGACCUCUUCACUCAGGCAUUGAAGAACUCCGGUGAGGUUGAAGACGGAGAGUACGAUUGGAUGAAGUUGAACAACGGCAAGGGAUGGGAAGCCAUGAAGCAGCAUCCAUCUCAACACAUGCUACAUCAACCAAACGCAGUGCCAGGAGCAUCGCAAAGAGAAUUACAUGGAACUACUCGAGGGGGAAAUACCACGCAGGGUCACCUCACUGCUGCCCGUUUAAACGCCGCACAACCCCCGCCACCGUCUCCAGUGAAACCAGGGAUGGGCAAGUCGCGCGACAGGCCAAACGCCCCAGGCGCCUUGGCCCCGAAACGCAACAGUGGAGGAGCGGCGGGAGCACUUCAGGAUGUAGCUACACCAGCAGGCUCGACUCAAGCACAAUUCCAGAACAGCUCAAACAAUCUACCUCAAAGGAUGAGCGCAGCACAGCAAUCGUCGCCAUUGAACCAAAAUGGGAGAGCGUCAGAACAACCACAACCCACAGUAAUGCAAAAGAUCAUGAAAGUAUUGUGCUGCGGUUAGUUUGAAUCAUUGUCAUUUCACAGGCUAAAUUUUCUAAUAUCUGAUUAGGCUGAACACUUGUUCAUAAUUGUUUUUUAUUUCAGAGUUUUUUUUACGCCUCGACUCAUUCACUUUCCAUACCGUCUUCAUAUCGAACGUCGGUUAUAAUGAACACGUCAAUCUACAAAUCGUUUCAGAUAAGAUCAUGUACCGGAGUUGUAUCAGUUUGAUAGCCAAGUCGUUUCUUUCAGUUCGUAAAAAGCCUAGUCUUUACUCUUGUGGCUACAUACAUAAAACUUUUCUACGAUGUUGAAGCUUGGUUUGAAACACGAAACUACAUCAUAAACAGAAUACCUUCGGUUGGAAUUUGGCAUUUGGGCCUUCUUCAGCGAAGCACCUUCAAGACUAAUAAUUGUUUUUCUUAAAUUUUCCCUCUCACACUCUAUCUCUCGCUCAUCCAAAAUAUUGUCCUUGGCAUCACAUUUUUCCACCUUUUCUCAUCGAAUUAAAUUAUGGCUCUCCUACGUACAAAGAAACGUUGGUUUUAAUACAAUAUCCCAAGGAAAAGAAGUUUGGUUUGGGAAGCAGGGGACACUUUUUACGAUGUAUAGCUUUUUUACCCCGUUGUUUUUCAUCAUACUUCCUUGGAGCGAGUGGCGUGUUGUGUCUUUUUUUUUUUCAGUGGCACUUC